AAAAUUAACAAUAUUAUACAAAAAAUAACCCUCUCAGAAAACACAGUGAAGAGAUUAUUAAAUGAGGUAAUGUCCUUGGAGGGCCAAAUUGGAAAUCUGGAGUCACACCAGGACCUUGACCCUGAUCAGGGGGCAAACAUCGAGGAGAAGAUCAUGGAAAUUAAAAAGCAAUUAGGAGACAUGGACAACAACUUUGUCCAGGCUGAUGCUUGUAACGAAGCUCAUGCAUUAAAGGAGAAACUUGUUGCGAGAAUAAAGAACUUUUGCAAGGACAUGACUGUGCUGAAUACAAAGCUGGGGACGUACCAAAUGCAAGAAGGGAACACAGACUCUCUGAGUCCUGAAGAAAUGUGUCUGGAAGGUAUGGGGCCCCUGCCUCUCCAGGCUUCCCCACCCACUUCAGUGCAGAACUCUCCUCCUCGCAUUACAAUGUGUCAAGGCAGCACAUGCUGGAACCAGCCAGGUCCCCUGGGAGCAUCAGGACCUCUGUCUCAACACCUGAAGCCUGGCCAGUUGAAGGCCUUCCUGGUGGCUCAAGCAAGUGGCACCAGCGGAAUCCUGCUGCCACUUGCUUGA